GGGUCCCUCCCCGCCGCCCCACACCGCGCAGAUGCCGAAGGUGAAGGCGCUGCAGUGCGCGCUGGCGCUGGAGAUCCGCUCUGUAACUUGUCCAGGAGUGGUGCUGAAAGACAAGGAGGACAUCUACCUUAGCAUCUGUGUGUUUGGCCAAUACAAAAAGACACAAUGUGUCCCAGCCACUUUUCCACUGGUUUUCAAUGCCAGAAUGGUGUUUGAAAAGGUGUUCCCUGAAGCAGUAGACCCUGGAGAUGUGGUGGCACAGCUUGAGUAUGAUACCGCAGUGUUUGAGUUGAUACAACUAGUUCCACCAGUGGGUGAAACACUGUCUACAUAUGAUGAAAAUACACGAGAUUUCAUGUUCCCGGGUCCAAACCAGAUUUCCGGACACCAUGACUCAAACCGCCAGGUUACUAUGAGGAGGAUUUCUGGCCUUCGAGGAAUUGCUCCAAAGCUGGAAUUUUCUACAACUUCAGUGAUUACUGAAUGUCUGAUAAGUUCAAGGAAGUGCCGCACUCAGGAUAAAUUCGUUUACCAUUCAGCUCCAGUUGAAAAGUCACACGGCAGACUGCAAAGCAGAACAUCAAGAUCACAGAAGAAGAAAUCCAAGUCACCUGAGAGAAAUAAAUACUGCAUAAAUGCAAAAAACUACGAACAGCCCACCAUUUCUUCAAAGUCACACUCUCCAUCUCCCUACACAAAAAGACGCAUGUGUGAGCUUUCUGAAGACACCAGGCGGCGGCUGGCGCAUUUAAAUCUGGGACCUUAUGAGUUCAAAAAAGAAACAGAUAAGCCUCCAUUUGUGAUUAGACAUGUUGAUCCCCCAAGUCCUAGGGCUGACACUUUAUUCGGAUCUUCUAGCAGAGACUGUGAAAGAGAUGGAUGGUCCAGGAUGCACACGGAUCAUUCUCAUCUUGGCUGCUACCGACCAAAGGAUUACAAGGUUAUCAGAACACCCCAUGGGAGAGACUUUGAUGAGUCUUUAGACAGAUGUGAAGAAUAUCUGAGCUCCAGGUCAUGCAGCAAGCCCCAGCAUUCAGCGAGGACCUUGUUAGUCCAUUCAGCGCCCUCAACAGUGCCGAAGCAUUCACCAAGCCCUGUGUUAAAUCGAGCUUCUCUCAGGGAAAGAUUUCAUUCUGAUUGGUGUUCACCUUCAAACUGCGAUGAGAUCCAUGACCGGGUAAAAAAUGUCUUGAAAUCACAUCAGGCUCAUCAAAGAGAUUUAUAUGAUGAGAGAGACCCAGAGAAAGACGAUGAACUGGAACUGAAAAGAGGUCUUUUGUACAGAGACUCUGCCUACGACAGUGACCCCGAGUAUAGCUCAUUUCAGCGGCCACGUGGCACACUCCAUUUGGAUGAUGGUGAAUACUGGUCCAACAGAGCAGCCUCUUACAAGGGAAAAUCCCACCGGCCCACCUUUGAAAACAGCAUGGACAAGAUGUACAGGAACUUAUACAAAAAGGCCUGUAGUUCUGUUUCUCAUACACAGGAAAGCUUCUGAGACCAUCCAGGAUAAACUGUAUGAGUGUCUGUGUCAACUUCUCAAUGAAAACGUUUGAUGUGAUCAAAAUCUGUAUUGCUUUCUUUAAGAACAGGUGAUUCUAAUUGGGUGCAGUGGCUAGACUUGAGUGAGUUCAUUACGUCUAAUGGUGAAUUAUCCUGCUGAAGCUUUUUCUGAUUAGAGGGAUGUGAUAUAUUCUAAUAUCAAAACUGUUCUCCACAAUCACAACUUCUGGCCUGUGACAGGACAUUCUCUCACAUGUGUCUUGUAUCACCACCUACAAACCCAAGAAUAGGUUUUCUCUAGAAAUAUUCUUCUGCCAUAAUCACCUGCCAAUUUCCUUUUCAUCUCUUUGCCUGAUUAUCCUAUCUUUGUAAGGUUUAGUUAAUAUUAACUCUUUUUUUCUUGGUAAUGAGCAAAAGAGAUAAACUGUACAGAAAUGAACUUCCCAAGAGUUUAAACAAUAUUUUAACUAGUAUUUUUCUACUGGUUUUUAUCCCUCAUACAAGGCUAUUUAAUCCAAGAAGUGGUCACCUCACUUUAAAGGAUACAUGUUAACCACAAAAGGAGUAAAGUAUUGUAGCAGAAUGCUUUCUAGUAGGGACUCAAAAAUCUGUUUGUUGAUUGGUAAAAUUAGGUGUUCUUCCUCCACCCCAGUACACAGCUGUGAAGCUAGUGAUAUGUUGAAGAUAAAAAUAUGUCAGUUAACUGCAUAUUUACAAGAAAGUGAGGUGAAGGAAAGCAGAGAUUAGGAAAUAAGUGAAUUUUUCCUUGUAGUUUGAAGAGUUAACUACAGAUAAUGUUUUCUCUUUAAGUCCAUCUUUGGCUAAUUUUACAGAUAUGUUUUAAAUUUUAAAAAUUUACAUGAACAUAGAUUAAAAUAUGAAACUAGACUUAUUUUUAUAUUAGAAAUUUUAUAAUAUCAAAUACUAUCUUAGCUUCAUGUUAACAGUGUCUUGGUAUGGCAAUCUGUGAUAUGAAAGAGCAUAGGAGAUGGGGCCAGGAGUUCUAGAUUUUUGCCUUAAUCCACUCUGCAAGAAUCUCUUUAAUUUUCUUUACUUCUUUCCUCAGCUGUCAGGAGAAAAGAAUGGGUUAGAUCUCAAACAGUGAUCUAUGGACCAGGAUCACUGUUCCGGGAUCUGGUUGUAGGAAUGUAGAUUUGUAUAUCUAAUUUAUCAUGGAAUUUGAAAAAAAAAAAAAAAAAACAACCUGUUUAACACAUACAUACCUACAAGUCACAUGCACACACACACACAUGCCUUUUUAGAGGGCCAUAGUUAGGAUGGGCACGCACACACACACACACAGGUGCCUGCUUAGAGGGUCAUAGUUAGGAUGGGAGGUAGAGAUGAGGGGUUCUCUAUUGGAGCAGCACUAAUGGACUGGGACUUCUCUGGCAGGUUAGGACAUGCGGUCACCAUAGAGUGAACCAUAGCCUAUGCGAGCCUUUAAGAAAUCCUAACAUAAGCUGGCUUUGCUCUUGCAUCUAGUAGAUAGUCUGGCACAUAAGUGAUGUUUCUAUGUUUAAUGAAUUCAGCUCGGGUCUCCUAAGCUAAAUCAAGCAUACAACAACAUGUGUUGCUAUGGCCAUCCCGCACCCCCUGCUCCCCCGGCUCCCGGGCCCUCGCCCCCAGAUGCCAUCCUCAGUACCUGUGAGCCCCAGCUAGAGAAAUGCUAGACUGCUGCUGCCGAGCCAGCCCGGCCUGUGAGUUGUCGGGAGUAUACUCCAUAGUAGGCUUUUGAAGGUUACCAUUAAAUUGUGCUCUUUUUCAAAAUCAUAUUCCCAGUGGAAAUUAACAUACUUUUUUAUGUGAAAAAGUUAAAACUUCCUUUAUUUAAAAGUUGGUUUUUGGUAAAGAAAAAAAAAAAAAUCCAAGUAUGACCUUCAAAAAAAAAAUGUUUUACUGUUACAGAAAAUCUCCUGAGUGAAUAAGUACCACAGAAAUGACUGAUUGCCCCUGUGUUUGCCAUUGGCUAUAACAAAGGCUGCAAAAUCUGUGGGGUUCAAAGCCGAACUUCACAGGCUAACAUUCUGAAAGACGUUUUCCUGUGGAUUAAACUUGGCGUCUCUCUGAGGGAUAAGGACAACUUUACAGACACACGGCCUCGUAGCUCAGUAUCUGAGGAUCCCUGGUUCCUGCAGGAAGGGUGGUUUUUGUUGCUCUUUAGCGCUGAGUUCUUAGGCUGUUAUCUUUAAAGAGUAAAAUUUUUAAGUACUAUUUUUUUUAUCUUUUCUCACUCAUAGGAAUAGAAAGCUGCAAUUAUUUAUUCUCUUAGCCUUUUUGCUGUAUUUUCAAUAAAUCUAGUAGUAAUCCUUGGACUGAAUAUGAAAGAGAAAUAGGCUUUUCUAUUUUUUCAAUGUGUUUUUUCCUUUAAAUAAAAAGAAAUGGGAGUAUUAGGAAGAAAAAUGUCAAAUGCAACAAAGAAAUAAAGAUGAAUCACUGGAUUGAGGUGCUCCCCUUAGUUAUAUAACCUUAUUUAAGUCAUUUGCCUUUCUGGGAGCUCAGUUUUCUCACCUAUAAGGGGAUAAAGGGGCUAACUUAAAAUGACACUUUAAUGUACCACUAUUUCUACAGUUGUAUAAUUGAUUAAAAUGGAUGAUCAUUAAAUGCCAGGCAGAAUAACUAUAUUGUGACUUCAAAGAUUAAUCUCCUGAUUAAAAAUAUGAA